AUGGGCACAGAGCAACGAACCAACCUGAAGUUUCUGGUCUGGCUGGGGAAAACUCCAUCAGAAACACUGCAGCAAGUGUACGGAGAUGAGACGAUGUCACGCUCACGGGUUUUCAAGUGGCACAAGAGGUUCAAAGAGGGACGCAAGGACAUGGAAGACGACCCCAGGAGCGGAAGGCCUUCAACAAGCAGGACUGAGGCCAACGUUGAGCGCGUGAGGCAGGUGGUGCGAGGCGAUCGUCGGCUGACUGUUCAACUGAUCGCAAGUGAGCUGGGCAUGAACUGCAACAACGUCUGGAAGAUUAUCACCGAAGAUUUGGGCAUGCGGAAGAUCUGCGUGAAGAUGGUGCCGAAGCUGCUGAACGAUGACCAGAAGGAGCGGCGUAUGUAG